UUGGUCUGUUACAGUACAAGUGCCGGCCAACAGAACCGGGAAGAUGGGGUUGAUGGAGGGAGCUUGACUCGGAAAGUCGAUCGCCGUACUCCAGUGGGGGACGUCACCUUUGCCGGCUUGUGUAUAAGAUGGAGGCUUCAGCACCGAGUAUUUUGCCCCAAGAGGCGGCCUGCUCAUGGUCUCAAACGCCUGUCAAAUUGUAAAGCACCAGCCCGAUCCAAUAUGCGGCCGCCGAUUCUGUACCAUGCAUUGGCAGCCAGUGCGUGCGCUCUCUCCUGGCAAGGCCUCGAGGCAGCAGAGACGGCAGCGGCAUGCUCGAUCGAGGCUUUGCAGGCUGCCUUGCCUUCACACGCCACCGUCCUCUUGGCCCAGCAAGUUCCCCAGGGUGGCUCUUUCGGCGAGGGUGCGGCAGACAUCCCAUAUCCCACGAACCCUACCAACCUGCCCGAGACCUGCGCUGUCAUUGUCAAUGUGACAACCUCCGAGUCGUCGAGUUUCCGCUUCGGUAUGUUCCUGCCCGCUGAGUGGAACGGGCGCUUCCUGCAGGUUGGCAACGGCGGCUUUGCUGGCGGCAUCAACUUCCUCGACAUGGGUAGUGGUUCUAGGUACGGCUUUGCAGUUGCCUCCACGGACACCGGGCACAACUCAAGCACUUCAGAUCUGACCUGGGCGCUGCACCAGCCUGAGAAGCGGCUUGACUUCGGCUAUCGCGCCAUUCACGGUUGCGUGGUGUUGGGGAAAAUCCUGACGGAGGCAUUCUACGGUCAGGUGAUUCAGUUUUCAUACUACUCUGGUGCUUCCACCGGAGGCAGGCAGGGACUACGAGAGGCGCAGUAUGAUCCCGAAUCCUUCGACGGGCUGCUCAUCGGAGCCCCUGCGUGGUGGUCGAGUCAUCUCCAGCCGUGGACAACCAAACUCGGCUCUUACAACCUUCCCACCGACGCGGCCGGGCACAUACCGCCCCCACUCUUCAAGACCAUCGGAGCUGAGGCCAUCCGGCAGUGCGACUCCCUGGAUGGGGUGCAGGAUGGAAUCAUCAGCGCGCCAGAGCUGUGCGAGUUUGAUACGGACGCCUUGUUAUGCCGGUUCGCUGCCGCCAACGCCUCGGCGUGUCUGACGGAGGCUCAGCUGGCCACCUUGAAUAACAUCUACUCGGACUACCAUGCAGAGGGCCGGUUCGCUUUCCCGGGCUUGGAGGUCGGCUCCGAGGCGCAGUGGAAUGUGUUGCUCGGUGGUUCCUCGCCAAACCCACUGGGGGACGGUUAUAUGCAGUACUUUCUGUUGGACGACCCGAGUUGGACAUGGAGGCAAUACAACGACACGAUCAUCUGGCAGGCCGACGCCGAAGACCCGGGUAACUGCACAGCCGACAACUACGAGGCCAUGAGGGCAGUGAUGGAGAAAGGCAGCAAAAUUAUCAUGUUUCAUGGCAUGUCGGACGCGCUGAUCUCGAAGAGAUCAUCUAACGUGCUUUACUCUCGAGUGGCAGGAGCCUUGGGCGGCUAUGACCAGCUUCAGGACUGGUUCGUUUAUUUCGAGGUGCCGGGCAUGCAACACGUAACAGGGACUUCCAACAACGCGCCUUACUUCUUUGCCGGACCCAACCAGGCCAGCCUAGGCACAGAUAUCUUCUCGACGCCUGGGUUCCCAGACCCGGAGCAUGACGCACUCAUGGCCCUGAUGAGAUGGGUCGAGGAAGGGGAGAAAGUAGAGCAGAUAAUUGCAACCACAUGGCACAACUCUACGGACCCCGCCUCAGGCGUCUUGAGGCAGAGGCCGUUGUGCCCCUUCCCCAAAAAAGCUGUCUAUGACGGCAAGGGGGACGUGGAUAACGCAGGGAGCUGGAGCUGCUCUGGCUGAGGACACGCGCUGCUUGUGGUGAGGAGCUUGUCACGUGUGUCAAGACGAUAUAGGCACAUUUGAACCUCUUGAAAACAUCAUUGUGGAGCCCCUGCGACAUGCCUACCUAUGGUCCUUCAUACUACCAGAAGUCGUCACGGGUCAGCGGCUGUCUUGAGAAGCCUAUUCCUCUUGUAGUGGACUCCAUGGAUGUUUAAUAUAUAGGUGGUUACCUUAUGUGAGAUUCUCCUCUAAGAGAUUCUCCUAUAUAACGGUGUGCUGAUUUUCAUGCGACCAGGCGGAAAAUAUGUUAUGGCUCUGAGGAAGAUGCGGUAGCCGAG